AUUUUAUUUUCCUAUUUCAUCUGUGGGAAUGGCGAUUGAUGAUUUUGGUGUCAAGAGAUUUUAGAAAAUCUUGUGCGAUUAAUUGCGUUGCAUUAUUAGCUUGGUGUAAUUAUAACUUGAGCUUUAGAUUUUAUUAAAUAAUUUGUAGUGGAUUUUAUUUGACAUCGAUGAUUAGUGUGAAUUGAUUAUAAGUGGUGACCUGGGCCACUAAAUCAAGAAGAUGGCGGAGGUGGAUCCAGAAACCCUUUUAGAAUGGCUGCUGACUGGGCAGGGUGAUGAGCGUGACAUGCAGCUCAUUGCUCUUGAACAGCUCUGCAUGCUGCUUCUCAUGUCCGAUAAUGUGGAUCGAUGCUUUGAAAGCUGCCCUCCUCGAACAUUUCUCCCAGCAUUAUGUAAAAUCUUCUUAGAUGAAUGUGCACCUGACAAUGUACUGGAAGUGACAGCCAGAGCUAUUACAUACUAUCUGGAUGUUUCUGCGGAAUGCACAAGAAGAAUUGUAGCCAUUGAAGGAGCAGUCAAAGCUAUUUGCAGCAGAUUGCUCACAGUUGAUCCCAACAACCGUACCAGCAAAGAUCUUGCAGAACAGUGCAUUAAAGUGUUGGAGUUAGUUUGCACUAGGGAAGCUGGUGCUGUUUGGGAAGGUGGUGGCCUGCCUGCAGUGUUACACUUCAUUACACAUCAUGGUACAUCUGUGCACAAGGACACUCUCCACUCAGCAAUGGCAGUGGUAUCAAGGGUUUGUGGCAAAAUGGAGCCAGGUGACGCUCGCGUGGGUGACGCAGUUUCGUCUCUAUCAGCACUUCUACGUCACAAUGACGCGCGGGUGGCAGACGCAGCGCUCCGGUGUUUCGCGUCGCUAGCUGACAGAUUUGCACGUGCGCAUGCUGACCCGGCUCCUCUCGCUGAACAUGGUCUAAUAGAGGAAUUAGUGCGCCGCCUGGGCAGUGCCGAGAGUGGCGAUGAUAAAUGUUCAGCUCCAGCUGUGUCUACUACAGUUAGUUUACUGUCUACACUGUGCCGUGGUUCUGCACAAAUUACUCAUGAUCUCGUCCGUUUGGAGUUGUGCUCAGCUGUGGAGGCGGCAGUACAGGCUGAUGAGCGUUGGUGUCUCGAAUGUAUGCGGCUGGUGGAUUUGUUGCUUGUUCUCUUGUGUGAAGGACGACAUGCUAUACAGAAUGGGUCGAACCGUAACGGUAGUUCGACGUCGGGGUCGAGUGCGUCGGGCGGAGCCAGCGGCGAGGGCUCGUCGGGCGGCGGCAGCGGCGCGCGCGGGGACAAGUCGCACCGACAGCUCAUCGACUGCAUCCGCGGCAAGGACACCGACGCACUGCUCGCCGCCGUCUCUAGCGGCGCCGUCGAUGUCAACUUCACCGAUGACGUCGGACAAACCCUACUCAACUGGGCCUCAGCUUUCGGUACAAGGGAAAUGGUCGAAUUCUUGUGCGAGAAAGGUGCUGACGUGAAUCGUGGACAACGUAGUUCGUCGUUGCAUUACGCGGCUUGCUUUGGUCGUCCUGCUAUUGCUAAAGUGUUACUUCGUUAUGGUGCAAAUGCCGACCUACGUGACGAAGAUGGAAAGACACCUCUUGACAAGGCUCGAGAAAGACAUGAUCAAGGUCAUAGAGAAGUGGCAGCGAUCCUGCAGUGUCCUGGAGAGUGGUUGGUAGUCGGUAACCACGACUCGCCUUCACCAACCAAUGAUGAUGAUUUCCCUGAAACUGGCGAUAAAGAAAUGGCAGCAGUAUACCUGGAACGGUUGGUGCCGGUGUUCUCUGCGCGCUACCUGGGCGCGGGCGGCGCGGGCGUGCGGCGCGCGUGCCUGUCGCUGGUCCGCAAGAUGGUGCACUACGCGCCGGCGCGCCUGCUGCGCGCGCUGUCGCUGCGGCGCGAGCCGCCCGCCGCCGCGCUGCUGACGCAGCUGGUGGCGGCCGUGCUGGACAACGCGGCGGAGCCGGGCGGGGCGCGGCGCGCGGGCCGCCUGCUGCGCUGCCGCUAUAUCCGCCCGCCUGCGGAUGACGACGACGGCCAUCUCAUAGUUCUCGGUAUAGCCGAGGAGUUGAUGGUGAAGGCUUCGGACAUAUAUUUAGAACAGUUCGCGCGCCUCGGCGUCUUCAGCAAAGUGGAGAGUCUCGCGGCCGCUCCGGCCGCUUUCCUGACGUCGGAUAGUGAAACCUCCAAUGUUCCUGGCAGCAGCGAGGACGCGUCGUGCCUGGCCAGCGGCGUGGGCUACUCGUGGGCGGAGUGGGCGCUGUGCCGCGGCCGCGACGCGCUGUACGUGUGGAGCGACGCGGCCGCGCUGGAGCUCAGCACCGGCAGCAACGGCUGGUUCCGCUUCCUGCUCGACGGCAAGCUGGCCACCAUGUACUCCAGCGGCAGCCCCGAGCAUCAGACCGAUAACACCGAAAAUCGUGGAGAGUUCAUAGAUAAACUGCAAAGAGCGCGAGCCUCUGUGAAGAAUACCGUUCCUCAACCGAUUCUCUCAAAACCUGGACCAUCUAAAUUGAUUAUAGGAAACUGGUCUCUCUCAUGUAAAAAGGAAAAGGAACUUCAAAUCCACAAUACUGAUGGUCAACAACAAACCACCAUACUCAGAGAAGACUUACCUGGCUUCAUUUUCGAGUCCAACAGGGGCACUAAACAUUCAUUCACUGCUGAAACAUUUUUAGGACCUGAGUUAGCAAGCGGCUGGACUGAUCGCAGGAAUGUGACCCCUCACAACGCAGUGAAUGCAAGCCGUUCCCGGUUAGCAGCUAAAGCAGAGGCAUUGAAAGCACAGGUAUGCGAGCGAGCCCGCGCGCUGUACUCGCGCCACCUGGCCAACGCGGCCACGCGCCAGCCGCGCCCGCCCGUCGCGCGGCUACGGGCCCUGCUCGCGCGCAUGCAGCGACUCGCCACGCAGCCCACUGAUGAUUGGCAAAACGAGCUAAAUGAGUCUCUGGAUCAACUGACCGAGUUAUUGUGCGGUGAUGAACUGCUCUCCGCCUACGAAUUGCAGUCGUCUGGACUAGCACCUUCAUUGUUGCAAGUACUUUCACCACAAGCUAAUGACGCUCCGGGUCAGGCGGCGGCGCGCGCGCGCCUGGUGCGCGAGUGGGUGGCGCGGCGCGGCGGCGCGGCGGGCGGCGUGCUGGCGGCGCGCCUGGUGGCCGUGCUGGAGUCCGUGGAGCGCCUGCCCGUGCACGCGCCGCACGACGCGCCGCCGCCCUCCACCGGCACGCUGCACACGCUCACCAAGCGCAUACGUUUGCGUGUCGAACGUGCCAACGAUGAAGCUACCGAAGAUUCGAUGUCAAAUAACGGCAACAACGCUGGCCGUAACUUAAAAGUAGAGGCGCUUACAACAGUUCGACAGCUCGAGAGAUUCCUUGCUAAAUCUGUCGCCCGCCAGUGGUACGACAUGGACAGAUCUACUUUCAACUUCGUGCAGAAGAUAAAAGCAGAAGCACCUAUCACAUUCACGUAUGAUCACGAUUUUGACGAAAAUGGAAUUAUUUACUUCAUCGGCAGCAACGCAGGCACUUGCGAAUGGGUUAACCCUGGUGCACAUGGCUUAGUCAGUGUUUGGUCAUCUGAUGGAAGGCAGUUACCUUAUGGUCGCGCUGAGGAUGUGUUGUCGAGGUCACCUGAACCUUUGAACGUUCAUACCAAUGAUGACAGGCGAGCUUUUAUAGCUGUAGACUUGGGCUUACAAGUAAUUCCUACUGCAUACACGAUGCGUCAUGCUCGAGGAUACGGGCGCUCGGCUUUGAGAAAUUGGCUCUUCCAAAUGUCGGCUGAUGGUGUGACAUGGACUACUCUGUUGGCUCACAAUGAUGAGCAAACACUACAAGAACCAGGUUGCACGGCUACGUGGCGGAUACGAUCCGAUGCGCCAUAUCGCUUCUUAAGAAUACAGCAAAAUGGAAAGAAUGCCAGUGGACAAAGCCAUUACUUGUCACUGUCUGGACUAGAGAUUUAUGGCAAGGUGCUGAGCGUGAACGAGGUGGGUCCGCGGCAGAUGGGCGGCGCCAGCUCGGCGGUGGGCGCGGGUGUGGGCGGGGCGCGCGCGCGGCGCUGGUCGCGCGGGGCGCGCGGCGUGUGCGCGGGCGCGCGCGUGCUGCGCGGCCCCGACUGGAAGUGGCGCGACCAGGACGGCCCGCACCCCGCGCUCGGCACCGUCACCUCCGACCUGCACAACGGAUGGGUCGACGUCAGGUGGGAUCAUGGCGGACGCAACUCUUACCGUAUGGGCGCAGAAGGUAAAUUUGAUCUCAAAGUGGUGAGUGGUGGCGCCACUGGUGGUGAGGCCAAACAAGGCCGCAAGAGCCACUCCACUCCUAGCCUGCCCGACGCUACGGCUGUAGAUCACCAGGUAUCGGUAGCGUCGACGGAGCAGGCGUCGUCUGCGGACAAUAUCUCCAGCGAAGAGAUGGCCAGCAACAUGUCGCGGCCACGUACCCACGCCACUGACCUCUCCGCCAUCAAUAACUCCACACAUCAUAUCAACACAGAUCUGGCAACAAUAGUAGAAUCUCUAACCUUGGGAGCUGAGAGCAAUAACUGCAUUGAUUUGGCCAACACUUCGUUUACAAAUAUGGAAAUGGGACCGACAAGUAUCACCGACAUUACUAAACCUUAUCCAGCCAAAGAACCGGUACCAGAAACUACUAGUCAAGAGUGUGAGGACAACGAAGGUGCCGACGGUCAGUACGGCGACCACAAGAAGGACAGUCAGUCCGGCGGCUCGGGGGCCAUGAGCGCCAGCGAACCAGAUUUAACGCAACAGGGUGCCGCAAGAUUACUGGAAUCUCUUGGAGUUGGCCGUGGUUCAGGCGCAGGUCGCGGCAACAACCCACAGCGCGCUACGAGAACUAACCACUCAACUAGUCUAUUCCCUAGUUUGGUGCGUUUAGCUCUAUCGAGCAACUUCCCAGGAGGUCUGCUGUCAGCUGCCCAGAGCUAUCCAUCGCUAGUACCAAAUGCUCAAAAUGCGCUCACACUGUCUCUCACCUCCACGUCCAGUGAAAGUGAACAGUGGCUGCAGGUGUCGUUAGAAGACUUCCUGGAGUCUUGCCGCGCUCCCGCCCUGCUCACCGAGCUGGAAGAUGACGACGAGGGAGAUGACGCACUCGACAGUGAUAAGGAGAACGAACCCACUUAUCAGGAGGUAGUUUCACGUAAUCUUUUGUCGUUAAUGGAGGAAGAGGCGUUAGAAGCAGUUCGUGGUAACAGCGGCCAGGGUAGCCGCCAGCGUAAACCUUGGGAUGACGAUUUUGUGCUCAAGCGACAGUUUUCAGCGCUCAUACCGGCUUUCGACCCUCGCCCAGGAAGGACCAAUUUGAAUCAAACCGUCGAUUUGGAAAUUCCGUUAAAUGAGUCGUCGGACGGAGAGGAGAGCAGCAGCACGGAUACGGCGGGCAGCACGGCCGGCGCGUCGGCCGCGGCCGCAGCCCCUUCUGCGGGCGCCGCCCCGGCCGGCCGCCUGCCGGCGCUGCGCCUGGUGCUGAGCGCGGCGGGCGCGGCGCUGCCGCUGGAGCGUCCGUCGUGGACGCUGUACCGCGCCGUGCUCGCACUCAACUCGCGCCUGCCGCUCCUCGACACGCACCGCGACCUCACCUAUACAUUGACCUACAAAGAAAUCGAGGGAAUGGAAACGUUCGCAUCGUCAAGUGAUAGCGAGGACGACGAACCAUGCGAUCCAGAGCGCGGCAUCGCGGGCGCGGAGGGCGCGGAGGGCGCCAUGGCGACGUGCUGCGUGCGCGUGCUGCGGCGGCUGCGCGCGGCGGCGCCGGCGCUGGCGGCCGAGCACUUCGUGUCCACCAAGCUCACCAACAAGCUGCACCAGCAGCUGCAGGACCCGCUCACGCUGGCCGCCGCCGCCACGCCGCUCUGGUGCCAGCAAUUAAACGACUGGUGUCCAUUCCUGUUCCCACUGGAGACUCGCCAGAUGUUCUUCGCGUGCACUGCGUUCGGCACGUCCCGCACUAUAGUCUGGCUUCAGGCUCAGAGGGAUCGUGCUCUCGACAGACAAAGAUCUGGUAACACUGUGUCGCCUCGUCGCGCAGAGUUGGAAGCGACCGAGUUCCGCAUGGGUCGUCUGCGACAUGAGCGAGUGAGGAUACCGCGCCAACCCGAUCUGUUGCGGUCAGCAAUGCAGGUGAUGCGCGUGCACGCGGGCCGCAAGUCGGUGCUGGAGGUGGAGUUCGCGGGCGAGGAGGGCACGGGGCUGGGCCCCACGCUGGAGUUCUACGCGCUCGUGGCCGCCGAGCUGCAGCGCACCGACCUCGGCAUGUGGCUCAGCGACGCCGCGCACUCCGACCGAGACAGCGCGCCGCACCAUCUCGUCCUGCCCGACGAAAAACCUCCGGGGUACUAUGUGACACGUGCAGGUGGUUUAUUCCCGUCACCCUUGCCUCAAGAUUCACCAGUCUGUGAUAAAGUUUGCAAAUAUUUCUGGUUCUUAGGAGUAUUUUUAGCUAAGGUGUUGCAAGAUGGCCGACUCGUCGAUCUACCACUUUCGGAGCCUUUCUUACGUAUCAUGUGUGGCGAAGAAUUAUCUAAUGAAUGCUUAGAGGAGAUCGACCCUAUUAGGCAUCGGUUCCUGCAGAGCGUGCUCGCGGCGGCCGACGAGUACGAUGGCAUCAUGCGCGAUGGCUCGCUGAGCGAGGAGGAGCGGGCGCAGCGCGUGGCCGGCAUCUGCGUGGAGGGCGCCACGUUCGAGCAGCUGGCGCUGAGCAUGACGCACGUGGCGGCGCACCCCGACCCGCGCGCCGCGCUGCAGCCGCUGUGCGACGGCGGCGACCUGCUGGACGUGCGGCCGCACAACGCGCGCGCCUACGCCGAGGCGGCCGCGCGCUGGGCCGUGCGCGCCGGCGUGCGCCGCCAGACCAACGCCUUCCGCCGCGGCUUCGGCGCCGUGUUCCCGCCGCGCCGCCUGCGCGCCUUCUGCGCCGCCGAGCUGCGCCUGCUGCUGUGCGGGGAGCGCGGGCCCGUGUGGACCAGGGACCACCUGCUGCAGUACACCGAGCCCAAGCUGGGCUACACGCGCGACAGUCCCGGAUUCCUUCGUCUCGUGGAUGUGCUGGUAGAGAUGUCACUCCGCGAACGUAAAGCGUUCCUACAGUUCGCGACAGGCUGCAGUAGUCUGCCACCAGGAGGACUUGCUAAUUUGCAUCCGCGGCUUACUGUAGUGCGAAAGGUCGAUGCCGGAGACGGAUCUUACCCAUCUGUGAACACCUGCGUUCAUUACCUGAAAUUGCCGGAGUAUUCAUGCAAAGAGGUACUUCGAGAAAGGCUCCUGGCAGCAACCAACGAACGCGGUUUCCAUCUCAACUAGACCACUAAAGAGCUCUGACUCAGAGCUGUCGGUGUUGGAGUGUUUGGGAAUAUGUUGAGAAUAACUUACACUAUUAUUACUCACGCACUCGCCUAUGGACUUGUGGAAGUAGGAAUAAUUAUAUAUUUAUUCAACAUCAGUAGCUUUUAUCCUUGACUGCUAAGCGAAACAAAACCAUAGUGCUCGCCAGACUUAUUGACCUUACUGAGUACAUAAGAACUUAGUUAUUUUUAACAUAGAUAUGUAACAUUAUAGUAUGUCAGCUCAUAAUGUAGAACUGAUCUCUUGAAGCAUAUUUUUUCAAGACAUUAAUAUUUACAAUUACUCUAUGGAAUAAAUAGUAUUUUAUUAUAUCAAGAUUGAUUGAUCUUGUUCAUUGAAAGAUAAAAAUGUACAUCGUGAUUUUCGUUAUUAUCAUGCAAUAAUAUAUUUUAUUUUAAUAUUAUAUUAUGUUAAAUAUUUGCAUGAUUUUCAAAUAUUAGUUUAUAGAUUGGGGUGAAUGAAAGAAAAUGUAAGAGGCUGCCUAUUUAUGAUUGGUAAAAAAUAGUGGCAAUAUUCGAAUAAUAUAUUAUAAUCCUUGAAACAUAUAAUAUUGCAACAUUCUAACUAAAGUAUUCAAAAAUUUAACUAGUAUUUGAUAUUAUAAUAAUAUAAGAUAAAUAUUUUUUACACCAAUUGGUCUUUGCUUUAUAUGUAACUUGUUUUAGUAACUUUUAUUUGAGUGUGUUUAAUGAUAUAUUUAUAAAAAUAGUAGGCAUCUAGCGUUUCAAGCAAAUUUUAGAUAAAUGUUUGUGUAUGGCGUGGUGAUAUUUAGUUUUAUUUUCAGAUUAUGUAAGUUGUUCCAAGACGAGUUUAGUUGAAUUUGUAAUCUGGUCUAUCAGCAAUAAAUAUAGAAAUUUUCACCUAUUAUUUUGAUUUGAGUUUGUGCUUCCAUAUUUUUAGUACUUGUUCGUUCGAAAGCAUUAAACAUACCGUAAAAGUAUAACAACAUUUUAAAGUUAAACAAUUUAAAAAAACAUUUGUAUUGGAACCAAAAAUGCUGCUAUAUGGUAAUCAAAUUACGUAUUUGUGUAACGGUUGAUACGUUCGUCAGGCACGAUCAUUUCAUUUAUAAUAAAAAAACCUGUUGAACCAGUAAAUUACAAUGCCUACGAUGUAAGUUGAGGUCGUUGCACUUUAUGUUUUUGUGAAACCAUAAUUAGGACUGAAGUAAAUUUUAACUUUAGGGUGUGAAACACUAAUGCGUUUCUACAAAAGAUAUUUAGAUAUGUUCCUUUAGUUAAAUAAUAAUUUUGUCAACUGAAAGUUGGUAUAUAUUGUGAUUUAUAAAUAUAAACUACUUUACGAAUUAAUAUAUUUAGUUUAAAUUCAAUAGGUAUUUAGAUUAAACUUAUUAACCAUAAUGGCAUCAUGUAGUGCUCAUGUAAUUGUUGUUGAGGAUUGUAUCAAUAAAUUAAGCAAAAAUCA